AUGGCGACCAUGUCAAAUGAAAACGACCCUCCCGCCUUGGUGGCUGAGCAGCCGCAGAAGGAAGAUGCUGACCUGACCAGCACCGAAGUUGUUGUCUAUGAAGAGCCCUCUCUCGAGCUCACUGAAUUCGAUACCACGCCGGAUGUCGCGAAGGCCUACACUGACAUCGACGGAAAUCUUGCCACGGUGACCGAUCUUCUUGCAGAAGCUAUCCUCGGUGGUGGAUCCUUCACUGGCGAUGAGAUCAAGGAAAUGCUCGACCUCAUUCGCAGUCAGUCUGUCGAGUUCUUCGAAUUGGCAAUGGAUGCCAAAGAGCACACCGACAACGUUAUCCACGAUAUCCAGCAGCGCGCUCGUCAGUACAUGCAGCAACAAGCCAUGUACAUCGCGAGUCGAGAGCAGCAGCUCGGUCAGACGAUUACCGUUCAGCAUAGCACUAUCCGUAAUCUGCAACAGCAAUUCUCCCAGGUCGUUCUGCAGAACGGUCUUCUGCGCGGCGAGAAUUGCGGCUUGAACAACCACAACUACGUACUUCGUGAGAAGCUCACAAACGUCGAGAGCUUCGCUACAAACCUACAGAACCAGAUGCAAUUGAUGCAAAAGAACCAUUGUGAGGAGUAUGAGAAGACCAAGAGCUCCAAUGCAGCCCUGAAGAACGAAAUGAAGGUGCUGCAAGAGCAGCUUCGUAAGGCAUCAUCGACGGACUCCAAUGCAAACCUGCAGGGCCAGAAGCACUUGUUACAAGAGCAGCACAAGCGCGAGCUUGAUGAUCUUCAUGAGAAGCUCAACAAGGAGAAAAAGGCGUUUGAGCUUGCGAAGAAAGACUUUGCGGGUCACAAGAAGAAUUUCGAGGGUGCGAGGAAGGAAUACAGGCAGCGUCUGGCUACUGCCGCAAAGACUAUCAGCGACAUCAAGCAGCGCAACGAGAACCUCAAGAAUGAUGCCGAGCAGGCGGUGGAAGCUGCCACUAAGAACUUUGAUAAGACAUGCUUGGCGCUUGAGGAUGCAAAGAAGCUUCGCAUCGAGAACAAGGCUCUGAAAGAUAAGAUGAAGGAAAAUGAGAGCAACGGUACAGAGCUUGUUAUGUCCAAGCUUCGGGAGAAGGAUGCGUUGAGGAAGCAUAAUGCCUUGAACGACAGGAGCCAGGAGCUCAAGAAGACGCUAGAAGCUAAGUGUGAUGAGGCUAAGAAGCGCGAGAUGGAGGCAAUGGCAAAGCGUGAUGCUACCUUGGCCAGACUUGAGAAGCUCCAGAUGCAGAUGCAGAUGCAGCAGAAGGCGUACGAGGAGCUUAAUGUCAAGUACAACGACGUCCAGAAAGACUCAGAGUACUUCGCUCUUCUGGCUCAGGAGUCGAGCGUGCGCGAACUCGAGGCCCUUGCUGAGCUGAGGCGCCUUUCGCCCAACACGGACGGUGAGGACAAGUAA